AUUGAAUUGAAAUUCGUGGCAGGCAUUUAUCUAUUGGCAUGUAUCCUGUGCCUGGCCGUUGGCAGCAGCCUCGGCGUGAUCCUGGAGGGCAACUACAAUGUGACCUCGGUGUGCACACUGGUCAAGGCGGGCACACAGCUGGGCAGCAUUGAGUCGUGCGACUAUUAUUAUGUGUGCACCCCGAACGGACCCGUGCAGACCUAUUGCCAGGCGGGCUACGCGUAUGACUAUAAGGCGCAAACCUGUAGCCCAUCGUCUCAGGUGCAGUGCUACUACGGCGUGCAAGAGCCCUGCUCUGGCAUCACCGAGGGCUGGGUACCAGUUGAAAACACUUGCAAUCAGUGGAUCUACUGCAAAAAUGGUGUAGCCGGCGGACGCGGCAGUUGCGGUGAACUGACCUUCAGUGCGCAGUUGCAGCGAUGCACUGCUGAGAAGUGUAAUAUCUUAUCCGAAGGUGACGGAGUAACUCUUAACAACAUCUGCCAGGUGGUGCCACCUAAUAUUUACUUUGGCGACCCCUACAAUUGCACCAAGUACCAAUUUUGCUACCCAGAUGGCAGUUACGCAUCCGGUUACUGCACCACGAGCGCCUUCAUUGUAUCAUCUCAACGUUGCGGCUAUGAUACAAACGGCGCCUGCGAUCGAAUUCAACAAGGAGGAUUGUCCGAAUCAUGCGACACUGUCGGUGCUACCAGGGGCGAUCCAAAUGUGUGCGGCAGCUAUCAGGUUUGCAAUGGCAAAACCUAUGAGCUGAAGAACUGUCCCAGUGGCCAGUACUUUAAUGUUGCGACAAGCACCUGCUUGUCUCGUCAGUCGGCAGUACCAGAGCCGGGCUGCAAUCGUUGCCAGUACGCGACCACACCGUUUGUGAAUGCUAUCAGCAAUGAUAAUUGCAAUACUUACUACCACUGCAACAAUGGCGCCAAUGGCAACGUUACCAGUUGCCCAGCAGAUUACUUCUUCAACGAACUUGAGCAGGGCUGUGUCCAAUAUACUGGUAAUAGUCUGCAAAACUAUGGAUCCGUCUAUCCUGCUUGCGCUGGCGCCACAGCUCCAGCGACAACCACUGCACCGGCAGUUUUUACGGGGUAUCGAUUACUCAGGCAGUCCUAA